CCGCCCCGGCCCGCUCUAGCCUCUGCUCCUCUCGGUGGUGGAAGUUCCCGGCCAAGCUCGCUCUCGCAACCGGAGGCCUGGCGGAGGAGGCAGGGCCCGGGGCAGGGGGCGGUGCGUCGGGCGGGCUCUGGCCUCCGGCGAGCCACUGCGUGGGGACCGCGCAGCCGGGUAACUGCGCACGGCAGGCCGCCGGGAGUCCUGCGCCAUCGCUCCUCCCGCGCCCGGGCUCCCAGGACGGCGCCUCCCGGAGCGCAGGGAUUAGGCCGAGGCCGCCGCUCCCUCUCCCCCGGGCCCGGCACCCCGAUUUGGGCUUCAGGGCCCCAGGACUCACGCCCCCCACCCAGCCUACCUAAGCCAUUUUCCGCUGUUUCCCGGCUGAAUUAAGUUAUUCUUCCCCACAGGUGUGUGCAGUGGCCUCAGGGAUCCGAAAAUUGAGGACUGAAUCUCUCCUAACUAGUAAUGGGGCCCUGGAACCUGGGCUACUAGUGCCGCGCUUAGGGCUCCAGGUCGCUGGCUUCUGUACUUUCUUCGUCUCCAGAGUUGAAUAUCUGCUAUCUACGUCCUCAAACUUACUACUGCCCGACGUGCCAUGGCCCCCAAGCCGGGGGUUGAGUGGAGCACAGCCCUGUCCCAUCUGGUGCUGGGAGUGGUAUCUCUGCACGCAGCCGCGAGCACCGCCCAGGCAAGUCGAGGGGCUGCUGCUGGCUUCCUGCUCCAGGUCUUGGCGGCCGCCACCAUGCUGGCCCCAGGGCUGAGCACACAUGAAGACUGUCUUGCUGGAGCCUGGGUGGCCACCGUCAUCGGCCUGCCCCUUCUGGCGUUCGAUUUCCACUGGGUGAAUGGGGACCGCUCCUCUGCCAACCUGCUCCUGGGAGGAGGCAUGGUGCUAGCAGUGGCUGGCGGCCAUCUCGGCCCUGAGGGCCGCUCUGUCGCGGGUCAGGCAAUGCUGUUGGUGGUCGCAGUGACCAUCCUCAUUGUGGCUGUCUUCACGGCCAACACUUAUGGGAUGUGGGGGGGUGCGAUGCUGGGUGUAGCAGGCCUCUUGAGCCGGCUGGAGGAGGACAGGCUGUUGCUGCUACCGAAGGAGGAUGUCUGUCGCUGGGCCCUGGCUGCAGGGAGCUGGGCUUACUGCCGGGCCCUGCAUACACAGCGCCUGCAAUGGGAGUGACAGCUGGAUACAGCAAGGCAGGGUUUCUGCCCUGCCGACCGCUUCCCCUCCCACCUGCCAACUCCUGGGGCUUUUCUCCCCUAGGGGUAGACUCUCCUGCCCACUGAAAUGGGCUUGCUGCACAUUGACUGAUCAGGGGCAGAGUCUGGGUGCUGUCCUUUGGCCAUCUGUGGGGACUUGUCUAGACCAAAAUGAAAGGGACAGGGUCCCAGAUACAUUUGGGGGCCCUGAUUCUGGGCUAGACGUGGUUGUGGAUCCAGAGAAGAGGCCUAGUCUCCAAUAAAUCUUAGGAAUUUUGCAGGAAU